AUGACUCAUGAACUCUCUCGAAUGAAAGACAAGGAAGAAGAUGAUAAGAAAAAGAAAGGAAUAGCAUUGAAAGCAUCAAUUCAAGAAGAAGUUAGUGAGCAUGAGGAAGAAGAAGAACUUGAUCAAUUAGACAAGGAAAUGAUCUCCCUAUUUACCAAGAAAUACAAGAGAUUCUACAACAAGUUUAACCAAAGCAAGAGCUCAAGAAGAAAUGAAGAAAGGGGAGACAAAAUCAAAAGAGAUGAAAUCAUUUGCUAUGAUUGCAAGAAGCCCAGACAUAAGAGGACGGAGUGUCCUCUCAAAAGGAGCAACAAGAAGAGCUCCAAAAGAGAUGAACUCAAAAAGGUUCUCCAAGCAACUUGGGAUGAAUUAGAGCUCGGAGAAUCUGAUAGUGAUGAGCAAGAAGAAAUAGCAAAUAUGUGCUUCAUGGUCAUUGAUGAUAAUGAGGUAACCUCAAAUUCUAAACUUCAUAUCGAGGAAAAUAGUAUUACAUCUUUUUCAAAUGAGGAUAUAGAACAUGCAUUUUCCGAAUUACAUGAAGAAUAUACUAAACUUGCUCACAGAAAUGCAUCUCAUAGAAAAACUAUAGAACUACUUAAGAAAGAAAUCACAUUGUUGACAAAUGAGAAAAGUACGAUAUUAUGUGAAAAUGUUUCCUUAAAAGAAAAGGUUGAUGAUUUGACAAAGAUCAUUUUGAAGUUCACCAAUGGAAAGAAAAACUUUGAUCAAAUGCUUGGUGGACAAAGAUGCGUUUUCAACAAAGGAAGUCUUGGUUACAAGCCUCAUGAGCCAAGAGAGGAAAAGGUCAAGAAGUUUUUAGAUAGCGGAUGCUCAAAACACAUGACGGGAGACCUUUCCUUACUUAAAAAUUUCACAAGGAAAAACGGAGGACGUGUGACAUUUGGCGACAACAUAAAAGGAAAAAUUCUUGGAGUUGGUGAUGUCGACAACUUGGGAAAAUUUGAUGCAAAAUCCGAUGUUGGAAUUUUUCUUGGUUAUUCUACUACUAGCAAAGUUUAUAGAGUAUUUAAUAAAAGAACUUUAGUUGUAGAAGAAUCCAUGCAUGUCGUAUUUGAUGAAACUAACACCUUUGUGGAGAAAAGUCUAGAUGAUGAUGAUGAUUUAGGUUUGGAGCAUAAAAUGAGCAAUAUGGUGUUGAAUGACAAAGAAGCAAUGGAUUCCAAGGAGAAAGAACCUCAAACCUACAACACACCACAACGUCAAGAGGAUCAAGUUAAUGAUUCAAAACAAGAUAGUACAUCCAAUCAACUACCGAAGGAAUGGAGGAAUAAGAGAGAUGAGCACGGUGUGAUUGUGAGAAACAAGGCUAGACUAGUGGCCCAAGGUUUCAAUCAAGAAGAAGGAAUCGAUUAUGAAGAAACCUUUACACCAGUUGCUAGAUUAGAAUCCAUUAGAAUGUUAUUAGCCUUUGCAUCCCACAAAGAGUUCACUCUUUAUCAAAUGGAUGUUAAAAGUGCUUUUCUUAAUGGAUACAUUGUAGAAGAAGAAUAUGUAGAACAACCACCUCGUUUUCAAGAUCACAAGUGUCCGGAUCAUGUUUUUAAAUUGAAAAAGGCUUUAUAUGGUUUAAAGCAAGCUCCUAGAGCUUGGUAUGAUAGACUUAGUAAAUUUGUACUCCAAAAUGGAUUUUCAAUCAGAAAAGUUGAUACUACACUAUUUACACAAACAAAGGGUGAUGAUCUAAUUAUUGUACAAAUUUAUGUUGAUGAUAUUAUUUUUGGUUCUACUAAUGUUUCCCUUUGUGAAGAGUUUUCAAAGUGCAUGCAUAGUGAGUUUGAAAUGAGUAUGAUGGGAGAGCUCAACUUCUUCCUUGGUCUUCAAAUCAAACAAACAAAGGAAGGCAUCUUCAUCAAUCAAGCUAAGUAUGUCAAAGAUCUACUUAAGAAGUUUGACUUUGAAGGCAUGAAGCCUCUAUCUACUCCAAUGAGCUCAUCUAUUAAAUUAGACAAGGAUGUAAAUGGUAAAGCAGUGGACAUAACGAAAUAUCGAGAAGGAAGAUUUGUGGACUUUAGUGAGUUUAGAGAGUUAGACAUUGAGAGAUUGUUUGAGACUCUAGGUUUGAAAGCAUUUGUGGAGGUUAAGGAAGUAGUCUACCAUCGGUUAGUAAAAGCCUUUUAUGCCCAUAUGGAAUACACUACUUGUGACACCAAUGUCCAAAUAUCAUGCACUCUCAAGGGACAAUGCAUAGAACUUGAUAGAGAGGGAAUCUCAAACAUUUUUAGGAUUCUGAAUGUGGGAAAAUGA